AUGUUUUUUGACUAAGUAGACUUUAAUUCUUAAUUUAGCUACAGACUAUUUUUUAAUUCAUUUAUUAUCUUUUUAGCUGAUAUUGCAAUUAAUUUAAAUACAGCUAUAUUUAAUAAAGACACUAUUAUAGUGAAACGCAAACUAAUUUCAAAAUAAUAUUUUUUAUCAACAAUUUUCAUUACUGAUUUUCUAAGUUUGCUUGUCCUGAGUUUGAAACUAUUUUCAAGCGAAUUAAUUGUUCAACAUGAAGAUGAUAAUUUAUUUAAAUAUGGUCUGAAUAUUCUAAUUUUUCUUAAAUUAAAUGGAAUUUCACAGAAAAAAAAGAGAUUUGAUUAUAUAUUUACUUUAACAGAAAAUUAAAAGCAUAUAAUUAAGCUCAUCAACUAAAUAGCUAGUGUUAUAACAGCUGCCCAUAUAGCUGCUCUAGGCUGGUACUUUUUAGGUAUCUAAGAGAUUAAAAGCAACUAAAACAGCUGGCUUGAUAAACUUGGUAUAUAAAAUAAUGCAUACUAUGAAAAAUAUGCUUAUUCUAUUUAUUGGUCAAUAACUACAAUGACUACUGUUGGAUAUGGAGAUAUUGCUGCCACAAAUUAUAUUGAGGCUCUUUACAUUUCAGUAGCUAUGAUUUUGUUUAGUUGUGUGUUUGCAUACUCUAUUAACAAUAUAGGAUUUAUUCUACAAGAAAUUGAAAAAUCUUCUAAAUAGCUUAAUGAUGAUAUAACAACAAUUCAAAGGUAUUUUUUAUUUUUAAUAGAUAUUAUGGAGGUUAUAAAUUGA